AUAACCAGCAUCUUCCGACGCAUGAGGGAUACCAUACAAUUGCAUACCGCGAACAAGAGUUUCUCUACUGCGCGGACCCCACGCCUGCGGAUGGAAAAAAGGAUGACAGUGAUAGAGGCAGCAGCAAGGAGAGCGCUUUGGCGGCAGGGGAGGGCUCAGUGCCAAUCGGAAGCGUCCACGUUUCCCCACCCAAGAACCGGCGCUCAAUUCAGGAGCUUCUGCGGUAUCGCUCUUUUAGAGGCAACACAUCGGAAUCACCUUCGCCCCCCACGUAUUGCGCUGCGGAAGAAGAGCCUGUCUUGUCUUCAAUUUUGCAAACGGACCCGAGCGACUCCGAUGCUCACCAUGAGGAUGCUGUGAAGAAGAAGGAUGCCAGUCCACCUCGCCACACGAUUGCAGCAGCUGGGCGUCAGUCUCGCCGCUCGCACCAGCAUGUGACCCACAGGUUCGUGGAUGCCGCUGUGCGCGAGCCGCGGGAAACAGAGCAUGUCGAUGUUUUGCGUGAACCAGAAUCCGCUCAAUUGCCUGUGCGAUUCCACGUGGUCGACCAGACGGAGAUUCCGGAGUUGCCCUUGGGUGCGUUCCUGAAGGGCGGGCGAUUCGUUUUCGGCUCAUCGUCAAGUCCGGAGAACACUAAGUCGCAGGAGACGAAUUCGGCAAGCACUGCGAUUGCAUCGGGCAAAACUGGUGAGGGAGGUCUGAUAACGGUGCUCUCAAGAGAUAUGCAGAAGGCCUACAUCACGAGAAAAGACAAGUUUCAUCCCGUGCAGCGUCUGGGACCUAUCAGCAAAAGACAAUCAAACAAGGACGGCACAUCGGAAGGUGCGAGCGCAGAUCGACCACACUGGCAGGAGAAAAAUGAUGCCGAUGUUCACUCAGGUGCAAGCGCUUGUUACACUACCUCUGAGGCUCAGAAAAUAAGUGCCAUUCCGUGGGAGACCCGUCUCUUAAGACCAUAUUUUUCAUUCCUCUGCUGGAAACAAAUAACGUCAUUCUAGAGAGAAGGGACCACUUUUGCAGUAUCUUGCAAUUGGGUUAUUCUUAUUUGUUCAUUCUUCUAUAUCUCUGCUUCUUUUUAAUACAUUUAUAUCUCUGCUUCUUUUUAAUACAUUGAAGGGACAUUCGUGUUAUCGGAUAGGAAAGUAGUGUCGGUUACGAAUUCGAUUUUCUGUUGGCUUCCCUGGAUGUAAGAAAUCCUGAUCCGUUAAUAUAGAACAAAUCUUAAUAUAAUUAUCAUUUCUUCUUCUAAUCUGGUAUCCUGACAAGGAGGAGCGGAAGUUCAGCGAAGCUGCUUGGGAACGCUUUCUCGAGGAAAAGUUUGUCGGUUUGGAUCCAAGGCACAGAGCCCCAGAAGAGGUUGCGCGGCAUCAGAUGGAAGCUUUCGAGAUGGGCGCAGCAGCCAUACGUGGAGACAACGACUUGGUACCGGAAUUAGAUAAGGAUAGGCCGCAGCGUGGGGAUUCCUCUGGUCAGUCACGUGGCGGCUUCGAUGCAACUGUUGCGGGAUACGAAGCGCAGCUAGAGAGACUGCGGGGGUGGCGGAAGCUGCUGACUGAUAUCCUACAAGAUGUUGGAUGUCGCAAAAGCGAGGCAGGGCACGAUCAUGUGCAGUCACCAGAGCAAUUGUGGGCUGAUGCAAUCAUUCGCAUCUGGCACUGGGCCGAGGCGGGACGAGGCGACAGGGGGUUGGGAUCUACCUCGGGUAGAAAAAUGGCUAGAACGCCAGUGAACACGACUCCGAUAGUGCAAACGAAUUUCUAUUCAAGAGUUGUCCAGAACGACGGUAGAGAAUCACAGUCGAUCGCGGAGAUUGAGCAGGAAGAUUUGGAGUUUUACCUGAAGUGGAUCGAGAGAGUUUUUCCCGAAGACGGGAAGGACGCUGGCAUUGAGAGGUCGAAAGCGCGCCACGAGGUCCACGCUUUCGAAACGCCUUCCGGCGAUGCAAAGUAUUUGGACCGUUUGCUGGGUCGACUGUCCCUGCCAAGCGCGAGUACGGAGAAUCUCAUUGAGGGAGGAUUGCUGGUGGAUUUCGGACCCGCCGCAGGAACGGGAACGAGGAAGGCCGCGACGCAAAAACAUCACCUUCCACAAGAAAGAGGAGGCAGUAGACAACAUGCGCCGGCCUUUCAUCACGCAAACAAAACUGGGCAUAUGAAGACACACCUAAGUGGAAACAGCGUGGGCGGGGGCGGCACUAGUCCGCAACACGGCAUGCACAUGAAGAGUAGUUCUGGUACUGAUUAUAGUCCACCGCAUGCGCAGACGAGUUUGAAAAACAAAAGUACAAAAGCUCCGACAUUCGACCAAGAGCUUGCACUGCUGGAUCUUUGUGUGCGCGCCGAAGUCGCCACCAAUCCUGAACUUGAAGCGGUGUAUGCAGAUGGCGGUUUAUCUCUAGGAUUUGGGCAAAAGUCGCAGACUCGGAGAAAUGCGUUUUUUGGCCGCCUUCGGGAUCUGCCGGAAAGAGAUGUAGUGCGCCUGCUGCACGGCCGCACGCAGAAGAAAUUGCUGGAGGCUGAGGAGCGUCGGCGCAAAGCCAUUGUCACCGGGGACCACCACAAGCCGAUGUCUGAACAGGUGCAAACGAAAGCGCGCGAGCAGCUUACUGCCGCGAUGGCGAAGCUGACAUGUGAGAUUUUCGCUCAGCGCGCUUUGCUGCAGGCACUCGCGAAAGAGCUCGCGGCGACGGCAGCAGGGACACAAGCCGACGUCAAUGAUUUCAAUGCCAAAGUAGCGAAGCUGAGAGCGGCGCGGGGGGGAAACCAAGUCCACUGAGGUAAACGAGAGAGGCCCGGAAGAAAACCACCUGUUGUCGCGAAGGCAGAAGAAGACUUUGUUUUCUGAGUAAAGAGGGAGGUAUAAUAAGAACAGACUGAGUAGUUGUACACAGACAAGUUUCGAGCUUUUCUGCAGAACUACAUUUUUAUGUUCUUGAAUUGGCUUCCAAGAAGCGUCGGAGCAUGAAACGAGAAGUUACUUGUCUAUCAAUCAGUAAAGACAUCACUAAGGAAAG